AAUGAAUGUUGGUUUUUAUGAUUAGGAUGUAUACUACCAAAGUUAAAUUGGGAUCUCCGCCAAAGGAAUUUACUGUAAUGAUUGAUACUGGAAGUGACCUUUUGUGGGUCAACUGCAAAUCUUGUAAUAAUUGUCCUCAAUCUAGUGGACUUGGGAUUAAGCUUAAUUUUUUUGACACGGUUGCUUCAUCCACGGCUGGGUUGGUUAAAUGCUCAGACCCCAAUUGUCCUUUUGGAGUUCAAGGUGCGGAUGUUCGAUGCUCUCCUCGUGUUAACCAUAAUCCGUGCAACUACUCCUAUCAUUUUCAAGAUGAGAGUGGUACCUCAGGUGUUUAUGUCAUUGAUGACAUUUACUUUGACACAAUCAUCGGACAAUCUUCUCAUGUUAGUGUUAAAUCCCCGGCCACUGUUUUUUUUGGAUGUAGCACCCAUCAAUUUGGACGUUUGAAUAACACAAUAAGAGUGCUUGAUGGAAUCUUUGGGUUUGCCCUUGGUCCUCUAUCAAUUGUAUCACAAUUGUCACCACAAGGAAUAAUACCCAAAGUUUUCUCUCAUUGCUUGAAAGGAGAUGGUAAUGGAGGAGGUAUUCUAGUUCUUGGUGAGAUUGUGGAGCCAAGUAUUGCAUACAGUCCACUUGUCCCAUCCCAGACUUAUUACAACUUGAAUCUUGAGAGUAUUGCUGUCAAUGGAAAACUUCUCUCAAUCAAUUCAGUUGUAUUUGCAUCAUCAAAAUCUAACAACCGACGAACUGUUAUUGACACUGGUACAACAUUGACAUAUCUUGUUCAAGAGGCCUAUGAUCCUCUUGUCAAUGCAAUAACCACUGAUGUGUCACAAUUUAGCAGUCCCUCUAUUUCAGAAGGAAACCAAUGCUAUUUGGUCUCAACAAGUAUAGAUAUUUUUCCUUCUAUCACUUUUAACUUUGCGGAUGGAGCAUCCAUGGAUCUAAAACCAGCACAAUACCUUCUGCACUAUGAUUUAAUGGAUGCUGCAAUGUGGUGUUUAGGUUUUCAGAAAGCGCAAAAUGGACUCUCAAUAUUAGGAGAUCUUGUCCUAAAAGAUAAGAUAGUUGUCUAUGACUUGGCUAAUCGGCGCAUUGGAUGGACCAACUAUAACUGUAAGCUCACCACUUGA